AUGAAUUUCCCAUCAGCCAGCCAUGCAGGAGGAGCAUGGGAGCGCCAAAUCAGGACCAUUCGCAGUAUACUAUCAGCCCUCCUGGAGAAGAGUGCAAGUUGCCUGGACGGAGAGUCCUUUCACACGCUGAUUUGUGAAACCGAAGCGAUCGUGAACAGCCGUCCCCUGACAGUGGAUAAUCUAAGCGAUCCAGGGUCACUAUCUCCACUGACGCCAAAUCAUAUCCUCACAAUGAAAGCAAAGCCAGUUCUACCUCUGCCUGGCGUGUUUCAAAGAGAAGACCUGUACUCAAGGAAACGUUGGCGACGAGUCCAGCAUUUAUCAUGCGAAUUCUGGGACCGUUGGAGGAAGGAAUUUCUUCAUAGCUUACAAGAGAGGUCCAAGUGGACGAGACCACGCCGUAACAUGCAAGUUGGCGACGUAGUUAUCGUUAAAGACGACAACAAGGCGAGGAAUCGGUGGAGCCUUGCUCGUGUGAUAGAAACGUACCCCAACAAGGCCGAUGGACUGGUGCGUAGUGUCAAGGUAGCGAUUGGAGACCCUGAUAUCUCCAGCACUGGAAAGAGAGUGCACCCCCCAUCAGUUUUGGAAAGACCCAUUCAAAAGCUUGUCCUGCUGCUGCCAAGAGAGGAAAGACUGGGAUUCCCGCAUGGGGAGCCAUUCAACGAACACAUUCAAAAGGAGGACUAG